AUGUCCAUAACUGGAGCGCUUUACGGAGCGCUCGGGCGCAAAAAGCUCGGCCAACCCGAGUACACUUUUAUCCAGGACCGCAAUCGCUUUAGAUGUGAAUGCGCCCUCCCGGGGAUCAAUUAUGUUGGAAUUGGGAAUUCAACUAACAAAAAGAAUGCCCAGACAAAUGCGGCAAAAGAUAUGGGCGAUUAUUUGGUCCGUGAGGGCAUUCUUGGGCCCAACGACAUUCCAGAGCUUCAGGUUUUUUUUGACUUUCUAUUAUUGUUGAUUUAGGCGUUGUGCUCGAUUCAGAAGUGUCUUGAAAGCGAGAGAAAUGAAUUACUUGUUGGGAUGAAGUGAAGGAGGCUAUCUUUGAAAAAAAGACACAAAUAGAGCUGAAAACGAGUGCAGAAGCUGGGCCGAGGCUUAUUCCAUAGAUGGAAUGUGUUUUUGUUCAGCUUCUCAGUUGUUUUCUCUCUAUCUGACAAUUUUUUAUAUUACACUAGACAUCUGAUAUCGUUUGGGGGAAUUCAAGUCGAAAACGUCGAGGAAUUGGGCUGAAAUUGGUUUGAGAAGGUUGAGAGGUUCUUUCUCUUACUUCUAAAACCAAUUUCGUUUUUAUGCUCAUUAUUUCCUGCCUUUUCAACUUCAAUUUCCAUUAGAUGUCAGAUGUCAAGUAUAAUAUUACUUUUUUCAAAUAGCCCAAUAAGUAAUUCAUUUGAUGCAGCUGUGGAAUGCUUUCAAGACCCUUUUGAAUCCGAGAACGACGCGUGGAUCAAUUUUGUUUUGCUUUUUAGUUAGAAAAAUUGAUUUUGUUUCAGGCAGGCGAUCUUGAAGCUACAGGUCCUUCUAGUUUUGUCCCAGCUAGUGCCGAUGUGUUUGCCCGGCCAUAUAAUGCUCCCCCAGUCAUCGAUGCUCCUCCUGUCAGAGAUUACCAGCCUCGACAGCAAACAUCCUACGAGAAAUACAUUGCUCAAACCGCCAGUGAAGUGGAAAAGGUAUUGUAAUAUAUUUUUCUUAUUUUUUUGAUGUUUAGAGCGAAUCAGUUGACCUGACCUCGGAAAUCCAUGGAGGAUGGGACAUUUCCAACUGCAAAGGAGCGUUGAAUAUCUACUUGCAGCAGAACAAAAUGGGUCCGGCCCAGUAUAAGAUGGAGUCAAGUGGACCUGCUCAUGAAAAGUAAGAUCUUACAGUAAUUUUUGAUUCAUCUGCCCCAAUUCUUGUCAUGUCACCAGCGGGUAUAAUCGUUAGCCUAUUUCAGAACCUUCGUUGCACAUCUUGAACUUUUUGUCAAAGAAUUGGGAAUUGUUUUGCGAGCUCGAGGAGAUGGAUCUAAUUUAAAAGUUGCUCAAGGAGCUUGCGCGUUGUCAGUGGUUAGACAGUUGUAUCAUAAGGGCGUCAUCAAGAAGGCCGGGGAGAACGUAUCGAAAAAGAAGAAUGUUGCUGAUGUGAGUUAUUUGAUAUUUCGUUUCGUUUUUAGGUCAUGGAUAAUAUAAUUCUUGUGGCUGCUGAGGCUCAGAAAGUGUGGAAUUCUUGGUUAAAGAACAAGAAGCCUUUUCUGAUCAAUUAAGUCAAAAUUCGGACGAUUUCAUAGUCUUGGCAUGUCAAUUUUAUAUUAUCCAUCCCAUGUAAAGUAUAAAAUUAGGGUAGAUUUUUUUUAUCUAAUAGGACCAUGGUUUCUUUUAAUAUUACUUAGAAAAAGAUGACCUCAUUGUUUUGAUGAAUAUGUUUUUUGACAAGCAGCCUUUCGUCUUUUAUUGUAAUGGCCAUUUUUUCAGCUCCCAUCGACUCCAGUCGAAAUAAACCCAGAAAUCAUCGAAAGAGUUGACGCUUACCUCUCAGAAACUGGCAUAGAGCCAGUUGUUGCCGACUUUUCCAUUGCCAAUAACGAUAUUAGAAUUCCUCUUAUCAUCGACCAGAAAUUGACCGAAUUCCCAGUCAAUGAAGACCACCCAAAAACAAGUGGCUUGGUCGCCUUUGCUCCUCCUAGUCAGAAUUGGGACCCGUGGAAAGGCGCGAACAUCGAUGAACCCCCAUUGGCCACAAUGAGUCUCCAGCAAAUUUCGGAUCUUCUUUUGGCACAAGAGAAGGCGAAAAAUCACAAUCCAGAAGUUGUGGAAAAACGAAGAUCCUUGCCGGUUUUUGCACAUAGAGAUGAAAUCCUUCAGAUUAUUGAACGAGACUCGGUGGUUUUGAUCAAGGGCACCACGGGAUGUGGAAAGUCGACUCAGGUAAGGAGGAGGUGGAAAGUGUAAUAUAAAUUUUUGGAUCUUUUAAAUUUUUUAUUAGGUACAGGUUGAAUUUACUGAUAUUUUUGAAGAAUUUUUCUUUUAAUUUUUUUGGGAAACUGUUUUUUGGGGGUUAGUUUUGAUGUCAUGUGUAAUAUAAUUUUUGCGAGAUUUGUAUAGUUUAAGGCAAUUUGCAGGCAUUUAUGGGAAAUUUAAACUUGAAGUUUUGCGACAGUUUUGAACCUGAAUUUUACGAUUUUUUGGAUUUUGCCAGUCAUGGAUAAUAUAAUUUUUUCGUAAUUUUUGCUUUAAACUUGUACGAAUGUGUCCGGAUAGGCGUAAUAUAGCGAAUUGAGAUUCAUAAAGUGAUAUUUCUUUCCUUCUGAUUUCGAAUUUUUACUUCAAAUCGCUUCUUAUAUCAAGUGUAAUAUAAUUUUUUUCAGAUAUGCCAAUAUCUCCUCGACCAUUUUAUCCAUUCCGGCAAGGGAUCCAAUUUCAAUUGCAUCGUCAGUCAGCCUCGCAGAAUUUCGACAAUUUCGUUGGCUGAGAGAGUUGCCAAUGAAAGGAUGGAAGAACUCGGCCAAAGCGUCGGAUAUACUGUCAGAUUUGAGUGCGUUAACCCGCGACCGUACGGAGCAAUAUUGUUCUGCACUGUUGGAUGUCUUCUGAGGAAAAUGGAAUUUGGGUUGAGAGGAGUUUCCCAUGUCAUUAUUGAUGAAAUCCACGAACGCGAUGUUGAUGUAGGCUUCGAAAAUUUUUGAGGAUUUUUUGGUGGGAGUGGUUGUUAUAGGGAAGAAAAUUUUGUAGUCGAAUUUAGAGGACAUUUGGAGUAAAAGUUUUAUAAAACUUGGAUUGGUUUUGAUUUUUUGAUAUUACACUAGGUAUUGAUUUAGUAAUUUUUGUGGGUUUUUGGGUUUUAAAUUGAGAAUUUGUUAGAGUCAUGAUUUGUGGAGACGUAUUUUACAAUUCUACAUGUUUAGUUUUUCAGUUCUAGCUUAUAGAUUGUUUUUUCCCUCAAAUUUUACUUGGUCCUGUCAUGAAUUAUAUUUAAAAAUUUCAGACCGAUUUUCUCCUGAUUAUCAUACGAGAUAUGGUGAGAGCCUACCCCAAAUUGAGAGUAAUCCUGAUGUCCGCCACAAUCGACACGAAUUUAUUUACAAAUUACUUUCAAACCAACUCGGUUGUGGAGAUUGAACAGAGGGUUUUUGAUGUUCAAUGUGAGUUUGCGGGUUGAGUUAGGGUUUUGGGAUUUUUAGAGGUGAAAGAGGAAUAUGUAACGUUAUUUUACUUUUAAUUUGAGACGGGGUUUUAGUUAAAUUGAAGAAGUUAUACGCAUUUAUAUUGGACUUGGUGGUGGAUAUCUAAAUUAAUAUAAUUUUUUGCCGAUUCCAGACUUUUUCUUGGAAAAUAUCCUGACUAUGGUCAAUUACCAACCGGAGGUUGUCGAGAAACGCAGAAACCCCAAGAAAUCGAAGAAUAAUAAUCGAAAUGAACCCGAAGAAAACGAAAAUGACGAUGAGAUGGGCGCCGAGAAUGAUAAUCGAAAUUUGAAUAUUACGAAUGAUCCCAAUAUCCCUCCUGAAGUGAAAUAUAAAUUAUCCCUCAUGGACGAGCAGAGGAUUGAUGUUGGACUUAUUGAAGUGGGUUUUGACAUAAAUUUUGAGGCCUUUUAUAUUGUACUUGAUGUUUUGAUCUAUUUUUUGGAUUUAUUUUUGAUUUUUUUAUGUUUAAAAAGUCAGCAGAUGGUAAUAGGAGGGAGAGAAGGAUAAGAACAACGUAUUUUACAAAUUUUAUCCCUCCAUUUUUAGGCCCUCAUCCAAGAUAUUGCCCAAAACGGCCAAGAAGGCGCGAUUUUGGUCUUCCUCCCCGGAAUGGCCGUUAUUGAGAUGUGCCAAGCAACCUUGAAGAAAAAUCCGAUAUUGGGAAAUGCCGCAAAAUAUGUGAUCCUACCGCUGCAUGGACAACUCCCGUCUUCGGAACAAAGAAAAGUUUUUCUGAGUGUUGGCCCUGGACAAAGAAAGAUCAUUUUGUCGACGAAUAUCGCCGAAACGAGUGUCACAAUCGAUGAUGUCGUGUUUGUGAUUGAUUCUUGUCGGUGAGUGGGGUUUUUAUAGGAAGUUUUUUUGGGAUUUUUUUGGGGAAAUUUUAGAUUUUACGUUUUUUUCGACAGUCGAAAGUUUCUGAGUUUAUUUUUGCUCUUAUUUUUGCUAUCUUUUGCUUUGAGGUUGUAUAAAAUGCCGUAUUUUAGCGCCCGAGAAGCCUCCUAUACAUCGCGAAAUAACAUGGUCCACUUCUCCACCGUCUGGGCCUCCAGAAACAGCCUUACGCAACGCCGCGGAAGAGCCGGCCGCGUCAAAGAAGGCUUCUGUUUCCAUCUGUGCACCGAAGAAAGAUUCAACGCACUGGAGGAGCAUCGGACCGCUGAAAUGUUGAGAACCCCUCUGGCUUCUCUGGCACUCAGCAUCAAGCUGCUGAGACUGGGAUCGGUCGGAGAUUUCCUCGAAAGAGCAAUCGAACCACCUCCGAUGGAUGCCAUCGUCGAAGCUGAGGUUUUGCUCAGGGAAAUGAACGCACUGGACAUUAAUUUGGAACUCACGGAGUUGGGAAGGAUCCUGGCGAGAUUACCAUUGAAGCCCAAGGAUGGAAAAGCAUUGAUCUUGGGAGCAGCUUUGAAGUAAGGGGGAGAUAUGGAGAUUUGAACGAAAUUUUUGGGGUUUUUGAUGUGUUAGGUUGUUCGGAAAGUUCGGUCGUUUCGUUAUUGCUUUGAACGACCGAACUUUCUGCACAACCUAAUAAUUUGAGUAUUUUUGAUAUUCAAAAUGAAUGAUAAUGACACUGAUGACUACUUUUUUCAGUAUUGGAGAUUUAAUGUGCACGAUCGCCGCGGCCAGCUGCAUGAAUACCCCCUAUGUACCGUUGCAAAUAUUCCACAAAACUUUGUCGAAUUGCCAUCGCAAGUUCUCCGGCCGACGACUCUCGGAUCACAUUGGAUUGGUCAAAGUUAACAACGAGUAUUGCCAGGCCAUGGAGAAGGGCCAAUAUGAUGCGGAUGCAUUUGCCUCAAGAAAUUCUUGCAACAGAAUUGUAUUGAGCAUGACUCGGUAAGCGAUUUGGAUGGGGUUGAGGAAAUUUUGGGGCUUUUUUGGCCAUAAGUUACCUUAUUUUAGAUGGAAUUUUUGUUGUAGUAAAUUUUUUCUAUAAAUCAAUGUGAUUUUUGUUUCAGAGAAGCCAAACUGCAAAUGAGAGACGUCCUCGUCCAGAAAAGCGGAUUCCCAGAGACCGCAUUCGCUCCAUUGGCCAUUGAUCCGGACGGCGAAGACGUCAAUUUGGACCUAUUUUUGGGCUUGUUGGUCUACUCCCUGUACCCAAAUAUUGCUUAUUACAGGUAAGCAGAGACUUGACGUGGCUAAUAGAAAUGGUUAAGACUUGAUUUUGUUUGAUUUCUGAAAGUUUUACGCGAAAUUUUAUAUUACACUAGGCACUUUCAGAGACAAAAGACAAGUUUUCACCCUGGAACAGGCGACAGCGUUGAUGUCGAAGCUCUCCGUGUGCAUGCCACCCAUGAAUGCCCCGAAAAUCGACUUCCCAUCACCGUUGCUGGUAUUCACGGACAAGAGAAGGACCUCGGUUAUAAGUGCGAACACGAUCUCAAUGAUUACCCCGAUCCAUUUAUUGCUGUUUGGGAGCCGAAGAAUCGAAUGUGUGGCCCCGAAUCUGGUCAAAUUGGAUGAUAUGUGAGUUCGUUUUUAAUUUUCUGUCGAUUUUUUUUCAAAAAAAUUGUUGAAGUUUUAAAAAAAUAUAUAUGAUUUUUUUUUUUUGAUUUUUUAGAUUAAUUUUGAGCCUUUUCGUUUGGCUAAAUAAGUUAGGACACAUUUUGACGUAUUUUACCCUGAAAUUGAAGCAAUUGUUUUUUAGGAUCACCCUCGAAAUGGACCCCUCGGACGCGGCGAAAAUCGUCGCCCUUCGACCCGCAAUUGAAGGCCUCAUUGUGAGGACUUGCCUCAACCCGGCAUCCCUGACCGAACCCUCCCCUCAAGACCAACAAUUCCUCGACGUUUUGCGCCAACUGUGCGGCGAAUCGGCCUGCGAAGGAAGAGGCCUCACCCAAGCGCCCCGACCCGCCUUUUACUCCGAAUAUCAGCAGAGAAAACGCGUCCUGACGACGGAAAAUCAACCCCACAGAAGGGAAAUCCCGCACGGCGAACGACCCCAAUGGAAUCCGGAUCAAAGGUUCAGAGGCCGUGGCAGGGGAGGCUAUCGUGGGGGAUUCAGAGGAGGCCACAGAGGAGGUGGCGGAUUUAAUUCGAACCGAGGAUUCGGAGGCCCUCCGCAAGGAAUGGGAUUUGGCGGACAAAGAGGAGGCUUUGGAGCUCCACCGAGGGAGUUUGGAGCAGCAGCGGGGUACGGGGGACCUCCUCCCAGCUUCCAUCAAAAUCAGGACUUUGUAAGUGGAAAUUUCGGGGUUUUCUUUGGUUUUUUGGAAUUUUUUUUUUAAAUUUUACUAAUUAAAAAAAAUUUUUUUUGUCUUUCCGGGUCCUAUGGGUUAUAUAUAGUUGGCAUAGAUCAUAUAUUGUCUUAUUCUGUGUUUUAGAGCUGGGCUUGACUCUUCUCCAUUGGUUCAUUUUCCGAUUUCUUGGUCUUUUCAAUUUUUCAUGGUGUAUAUUUGUGGUAGGUCUUAUUCCUUUCUAAUUUUUAGGCUUUUUAGAUUAUGGUCAAUGUGUAAUUUACCUUGAUUUGAUAUUAUUUUCCAUGAUUCUUGAGAUUCUUUUAUAUUAUCCAUGGGAUUUAAAAAAAUUUUUUUAUUGGAUUUUUUGUGUUUGUUUUUGUUAUUUGUGGGUGUUCUUUAUGGAAAUGAAGGCAUAAAAGUAUGAUAUGUAAUUUUAUUUUAUUUUUAGGGCACCCCAUCCCAGCCAAAACGCCCAUAUUUGGCAAAAAGUUCGCCGAUUACCCCGACCAUUGUAAAUGAAUCCACCCCCGCCAAACCUCAAUUUAAUGGUGGAAAUGGAGUAUAA